AUGAACCCCUCCCACCACGGCAAGGUGACCCCAGUUGUAAAGGUCCCCUCUUUUUCUUACGAGAGUAUUAUCCCGUUUUUUAUUUGGGCUACUUCAAGGGCUAGCAACACCCCUCUUGGUCCCUUUUCCCGGCAAGCAGGCGGCCUGAUUGUGGCCGGUCAGGUCAACGGUGGUCCCCCUCGGGAGGGUCAAACAGUCAUGGCACCACGGAGCCCCCCUGAGCCAUUGUGCCUCCGGGUGGAAAAAGAAAACCCGAGCAAGGAGCACGUCACCUGCUCCCAGAGGGUGACAAGCCCAAAAAAACCAUGCAAAACAGUCUGUCCACCAGGUUGUCCAACAGUGGACCGCGUGCUGGCCCCUCCGGGCCCAGCCCCCCGGGCCCAGGAAGGUACGGGUACCCCAAGACCCCCCCUGACCGAUGGGCCACCAGCGGAACCAGGAAACAGCCUUUCCCCCAGAGCAAGCCCAAAGCCGAAAGGGGGGGCCGAAACGACCGGGGCCCGGAGACCGACCUGGGGAGAUUUGGGCCCCCCCAAGGCUUUUCCCCCCAGUCAAGGUACCUGUAAACCCAAAGGCUUCGACAAUGCCUCCCAAAUGGUGGACAUUGGAGCCCCAAGCAAAAUCGGUUGUCAAUGGGGUUUGCCAUUUCAGAGAUGA